GUGCGCGUGAGACCGAGCCAGAGUGCAGGUUGUCUUGCGCUCGCGCUGGUCUGGUCUGGGAAAGAGAGAGAGAGAGAGAGAAAGAGAGAGUGAAAGAGAGAGAGAGAGAGAGAGAGAGCGAUUGAAAAGAAGAAACAUGGAGUAAUUUAGCACUUUUUUCUUUUCUUUCUUUCUUUUUUAAUCUAAUAAGGGGAGGAAGCAGAAGAGGCGCGCGCAUGGACUGCAGCUGGAGCAUGUCAGUGUACAGAUGUUUUCUUCACUCACAGCCAUGUUUAAGCUCCUAACAGCGGCUUUCUGCGUGCUUCUGUCAGUGUCGGGUGUAGGAGCAGCUGAAGGGCGUGAGCUUGCUGCACCUCGAGAUGUUCAUUUCCACUCGGUGAAUCUGAGGAACACGGUGCGGUGGAGCUCAGGAACAGCCGACGCCCGCGGCACCACGUACACGGUGGAGUAUGCAAUAUACGGUGAUGCUGUGGAUGUGGACGGAACCGAGCAGGUGGCGUGGAGGCCGGUGGAACAGUGUGACGACAUCACGCAGAUGGAAUGCGACGUGACGGAACAGACCAACGAUACGGAGGAGGAAUACUACGUCAGAGUGAGAGCUAACGGGCCGAACGGACGCUCGGAGUGGACCGAGACCGACAGACGGCUCAGACUCGCCGACACCAUUUUGGGACCUCCGCAGGUGAAUGUAACUGUGUUGGAAAACAAGCUGCACAUCAAGCUGAGCGGCCCGUUCCGAUGGAGGAAUCCCGGAAAGAAGCGCCAGUCGAUGUUUAACAUCUUCCCUCACAUGGUCUACAACAUCAGUGUGUACAACAACAGCAGCAAACGCACGCAGUACUUCCUGCAGCCGAAAAAGCUCCUGCAGCACGGUCCACUGGAGUACAACUCAGAGCACUGUGUGAGGGCAGAGGUGCUCUCUCUCUCCCUCCAUCUAACCACCACGCCAUCGGAAUGGAUCUGCGUCUCCACCCCUGACGACCCAUUUAAGUUUCAGAUGAUGAUGAUGAUGUUAGGCGUCGUCGUUCCCACCGCUAUAUGCCUGUUUGUUUUAGCUGCAGUCGGAGGUUUCGCUUAUUACUACAUCUGUGGUCACAAACCGAGGCUGCCCAAGAGCGUGAAGGACAUUCAACAGGAUGUACACAUGGAAAGGAAACUCCAGACGUUCCAGCCCGAGAAACAUCUGCCCAGCAUAAAUGUGAUCAUCAUCAACAACACCAAGCUGAGCACAGCGGAAUCAAAACCCAGUUUCCUCGGCCCAUUUCAUCACGGUGCCGACAUUCCAGAGCGCUCGCCGCUUGCUGUCGCGGGGGACGUGAUAGAGGCACCUUACGCAAUGCAGAACGUCCAGCAUACAUCAGCAGCAGCAGGCGUACAAAGCUGUCAUGGCUCUUUGAGUGAAGAUUAUGGCUUGGUACAUCAGGACGAUGGGAACCAGGUCUCCCCUUGCCCAUAUAACCCCCGAGUGGCACCACACUGUGUAGGCGGAGUCAAUCCAUACAUGGCACAGACUGAAAUGACAGAACAAUCACAAGAGAGAUAUGAAGAAGAAGAAGAAGAAGAAGACAGAGAGACACAGACAUUUUGUAACUGGGACCGAGAUACUGGUCAGCUCCAGCUGGACUUCCCUUUGCUGAGCAGGUUCGGCUCGGAGACCUCGGAAACCACAGAGACGCAGAUGAGGCGAAGCGCGGUGCUGCUCCCACGCCGUCCUGUCCUCACCAGUGUAGUGGUCAAGCAGGCUUCAGAGGAGACCGCAGAUGAUGACCCGCUCCUGCAGAUGGAGAAAGACUGGGACCUGCAGGUUCAGAGCACUGCCGAGUAGAUUCCACAAACCUCCGUUUGAUCCCAGUCAUCACUCAGGGAUUUUAUUAAAUGAACACCCAAUGUUCCGUAUCUUAGCAAUAUUGAUGGAGCCCCAAACACCGUCCUCACGCAUGAAGUAGCUCCUGAUGAGCGUCAUGUUUUUGGUUUUAGAUGCAUACACACUUUUAUUUCACUGUAUAAAACAUAAAACAUGUGUUUAAUAUAAUGCUAAGAAAGUUCAUGGUCUUUAUUCCUUAAAGAAUUUCAGCCAAAUUUUUAGAAAAAAUACAGAGAGAGAGAGAGAGAGAGAGAGAGAGAGACAGAGAAAGGGAGACAUGCACACACAGAGAAAGACACUAAGAGACAGACAGAUAGACAGACACAGAGAGAGACAAACUGACCGAGUGAGAGAUAAAGAGGGAGAAAGAUGGACAGAUAGACAGAGAGAGAUAGAAAGAGCAAGACACAGAGAGAGGCAGAGAGAGAGACAGACACAAGGAGAGAGGCAGAGAGAGAGACAGACACAAGGAGAGAGGCAGAGAGAGACAAAGAUGGGGAGAGAGGGACGGAGAGAGAGAGAGAGACAUACACAGAGAGAGAGGCAGAGAGAGAGACACAAAGAUAGGGAGAGAGGGACAGAGAGAGAGAGAGAGACAGAUGCAGAUAGAUAGAAAGAGACAGAGGGAUUUGAUUGGCAUUCUAGCUGUAUACAGUAUACAAUAGCAUUCCAGCAUGAUCACUGAACAACAUGUAGUGCAAGAUAGAUGACAAUACACAGCAAUAAAUACACAGUAUGUUACACACUCAGGGAGAAGCUUAGCUUUAGCGUUUCAUUUGAGUGAAAUACUAAUGUCUAAUCUCUGAACAUUCCUCUAAUGUUUAACUAAAUUCACAACUACAUUCAGGAAUUCAGAAUUGUUUAUUAAAAACAUCUUUGUGUAACACAGAAGUACAUAAAUAAAGAUAUUUUGUACAUUCAUAAAAUUGUUCAAUUAACACUUCAAACUAAUAUACAAUGAAAUAAAUAUCAGACAAAACUAAGUAUAAAUAUCACAUUAUUACACGAACAAAUGAUUGUUAUUGUUAUACAUUUUUUAUGAGAUGUUUCAUUUGUGUGAUUAUUAUGUAUUGUUGUGUGAAAAGCAUUUUUCAGUAUAUUUAUCAUUUUAUUAUCAUCUUCUCCUUGAAUGUGAAAAGUUCAUAAGCAGGAAAAUGCUUAAAUGUCACAGAGACUUUUGCCACAUGAAGGAUUUGUGUAGUAUAUUUUUUUUUUUUUUUUUAUUAAAAGUUAAAUCGAUUUUUUUUCACUUUGGAAUUAUAAGCUGACAGAAUGCUAACUUUUAUCUAAGUAUAAAUGAUGAAGUAUAUUUUAAUUAUAAAGAUUAUCACAAAAUAAACACAAUACCUGAUCAAAGACUGGAGAGAAAAGUGUGUGGUUUGUAACAGGUGUUCAUUUGUUUCACUGAUUCUGAUGUUUGAGAUGUUCAGGUUCUCUCGUGCUGUUUGUCGCCACCUAGUGGCCGAGGAAAAGGUUGCUCAGGGUUCUUCGAUUAGUUAAUGGUUCUAAG